UAUGUAAAAUACAUGUACUAUUUAGCAAAAAUCUACACAGAAGAGGCCUUUAUAAGUACUAAUUUUUUUUCUUACAUCAACACUAUACACUAGGUGCCAUUUAACAGCUGAGCAAACAGGAACACAGACAGGUUAACGUAACCUUCCCAAGGUCACACAGCUAAGUGGAGCCAGGUAGCCUGGUUCCAAAGUUGUUGUCUUAACCAUUAUGCCAUACUGCUUCUCUUUAUAGUUCGUGAUGAUAAAGAUGAACAAAUAAGGAAUGCAAACACUCAGGCACUAGAACCCAGAUUUAGAAACAGAACAUUGCUUGUAUAUUAGAGAUGCUUUGUGUGAGCCUCCUUAUUCAUGUCCUCUUACCCAAGACAGAACCAUUCUUCUCACAUUUGUGAUAAUUCCCUUUCCUCGCUUUUACUUACAGUACUGCCAUCCAUAAAGGAAUCUCUAGACAAUACAUUUAGUUUUAGUCUGUUUUUAAACUCGAUCUAAAUGGACUCUUACUAUAUACAUUUUUUGGGGUGACUUUGCUUAAAUUAUUUACUCAUUCUGAUUAUUUUACAUAGCUUUAGCUAAUGUUCUCUGUUGGUUCAGGUUGCUAUCACAGAGCACCACAGAUUUGGUAGCUCUAACGUCAGACAUCUAUUUCUCAUAGUUCCUUGGAGGCUGGAAGUAUGAGAUGAGAGGCCAGCAUGGUUGGCUUCCUGGUGAGGGCCCACCUCCUGCUUCAUGGACAUCUGCCUUCACACAGCAUCCGCACAUGACAGAGAGCAUAGAGAGGGGAAGCAAGCUCUGUCAUACUGGGAGACAAGACUUGAAACCAGAGAAUCAACGACAAAGCCCACCAUUACUGAAGAUUUAUCCUAUGGGGUAAUAAUGGAAAGAGGUCUCUGGCCUUCUUUAGGGGAAGCGUGGGAACCUGAUAAUUGGUUAGAUGGAAAAGAGAAAAACCAGGACAGACAUCCGCACCAAGUGGCCCUUACUCAUAAGGAAACCCUCCCUGAGAGGAGGGCAUAUGGUGGUCAUGAAUUUGAAAGAUGUUCUAGUCAGAGGUCAAUCCUUGAUAUACAACAAAGUGUUCCUGUGGGACAAAGGCCCCAUAAUCAGAAUUCAUGUGGCGAAGACACUAAACAGAAUUCUGAAUUAAUUAAAGCUCAAAGUAUGUUUGUAGGAAAGAAAAUCUAUGAAUGUAAUGAAUGCAGGAAAACCUUCAGCCAGAGCUCAUCUCUUCUUAAGCACCAGAGGAUUCAUACUGGGGAGAAACCCUAUAAGUGUAAUGUAUGCGGGAAGCACUUCAUUGAACGCUCCUCCCUUACUGUACAUCAAAGAAUUCAUACUGGAGAGAAACCCUACAAAUGUAACGAAUGUGGGAAAACCUUCAGCCAAAGCAUGAACCUUACUGUUCAUCAAAGAACUCAUACCGGAGAGAAACCCUAUCAGUGUAAAGAGUGUGGAAAAGCUUUCCGUAAGAAUUCAUCUCUUAUUCAACAUGAAAGGAUUCAUACUGGAGAGAAACCCUACAAAUGUAAUGAAUGUGGGAAAGCUUUUACCCAAAGCAUGAAUCUUACAGUUCAUCAGAGAACUCACACAGGAGAAAAACCCUAUGAGUGCAAUGAAUGUGGGAAAGCCUUUAGUCAGAGCAUGCACCUUAUUGUACAUCAGAGAAGUCAUACUGGAGAAAAACCUUAUGAGUGUAGUGAAUGCGGAAAAGCCUUUAGUAAAAGCUCAACCCUUACCCUACAUCAACGAAAUCACACUGGAGAAAAACCCUACAAAUGUAACAAAUGUGGGAAAUCCUUUAGUCAAAGUACAUACCUUAUAGAACACCAGAGACUUCACUCUGGAGUAAAACCUUUUGAAUGUAAUCAGUGUGGAAAAGCUUUCAGCAAGAAUUCAUCUCUUACUCAACAUCGGAGAAUUCAUACUGGAGAGAAACCUUAUGAAUGUAUGGUAUGUGGAAAACAUUUCACUGGGCGAUCUUCCCUUACUGUACAUCAGGUUAUUCAUACUGGAGAGAAACCUUAUGAAUGCAAUGAAUGUGGAAAAGCCUUUAGCCAGAGUGCAUACCUUAUUGAACAUCAAAGAAUUCAUACUGGUGAGAAACCCUAUGAAUGUGAUCAGUGUGGAAAAGCCUUCAUUAAGAAUUCAUCCCUUAUAGUGCAUCAGAGAACUCAUACAGGAGAGAAACCUUAUCAGUGUAAUGAAUGUGGGAAAGCCUUCAACCAGCAUUCAACCCUUAAUAAACAUCAGAAAGUUCAUACUGAAAAACUGAAUGCAAAUCGGAAAACUGUUAUUAAAGAGAAACGAUAUGAAUGUAGAGAAUGUGGAAAAGCCUUUCACCAGAGUACACACCUUAUCCACCACCAAAGAAUUCACACUGGCGAGAAACCGUACGAAUGUAAAGAAUGUGGCAAGGCCUUCUCUGUGAGCUCCUCACUCACUUACCAUCAGAAAAUUCACACCGGAGAGAAACCUUUCGAAUGCAACUUAUGUGGGAAAGCUUUUAUCCGAAACAUACACCUUGCCCACCAUCAUAGAAUUCACACUGGAGAGAAGCCUUUUAAAUGUAACAUAUGUGACAAAGCCUUUGUGUGCAGGGCACACCUUACCAAACACCAGAAUAUUCAUAGUGGAGAGAAACCUUAUAAAUGUAAUGAAUGUGGAAAAGCCUUUAAUCAGAGUACGAGUUUUCUUCAGCAUCAAAGAAUUCACACUGGAGAAAAGCCCUUUGAAUGUAACGAAUGUGGAAAGGCCUUCAGGGUGAACUCUUCCCUGACAGAGCAUCAGAGAAUUCAUACUGGAGAGAAACCUUAUAAGUGUAGCGAAUGUGGGAAAGCUUUCAGGGAUAAUUCAUCCUUCGCUCGACAUCGGAAAAUUCAUACCGGAGAGAAACCUUACAGGUGUGGUUUGUGUGAGAAAGCCUUCAGGGACCAAUCAGCCCUAGCCCAACAUCAGAGAAUUCAUACUGGAGAAAAACCUUACACGUGUAAUAUAUGUGAGAAAGCCUUCAGCGACCAUUCAGCCCUCACUCAACAUAAGAGAAUCCACACCAGAGAAAAACCUUACAAAUGUAAAAUCUGCGGAAAAGCCUUUAUUCGAAGCACACACCUUACUCAGCAUCAGAGGAUUCACACAGGAGAGAAGCCCUAUAAAUGUAAUAAAUGUGGGAAAGCUUUCAACCAGACUGCAAACCUCAUUCAGCAUCAGAGACAUCAUAUUGGAGAAAAGUGAUAGGAUUAUAGUUUAUAUGGCAGAACUUCGAGACCAAGUGUGUUAAUUAUUGAAUGUAAGCAAAUCCAUUCCAGAGAAUAGCCAUGAAAACUUCGGUGAAGAUGGAAUUUUUAUUUACAGAGUCAACCUUCACGGUACUGUGGGUUUGAGAAUUUAAGAAUGGCAUGCCCUCCUAGUUCAGAACUGCCUCAGUUGAAUAACAGUAAUGUUUAAUUAGUCUGAAUUAUCAAAUAUUGUAACCAAAAUGAAGCUUCAUUAACAACACAGAAAUUAGAUGAUCACAUUUACAUUUUGACUGUUAAGAGAAAUUAUAAAAUUGCAAAAGACCAGGGGAAGAAGCAAAAGAACAAAAAAGUAAAAAUGGCCAAUAAGCAUUUCACUCACUUUUUUUUAUAUAAAAGGGUUUCUACUUUCAGUGGAACCCUUUGUUCUCACCCACCCACUUUCUCAGUGUAGGGAAAGUGCAGUCACCAUGCAUUGGCCCCAGAGUUACCUAAAUUAUGUUUCCUACCUUCUGCUUCAAACCAUCUUCUCAGAUCUCCCUUAGUGUCCACUGGCUGCUUACCCAUAUUCUCCUUCUGGGACAACUCAUUUGAAUGGUGUGUCCCUCUUGAUUUAGCACCUCCUAACUGGUGACAUCAGGUCACUUAUCAUCACCCCAUUUGCCCUUGGGGAAUGUGGUGAUCUGGCCUCCUACACAGUCCAUGAUUCUGGUUAUCAUGAUCAGACCCAGCAUUCAGAACUCCGGGACCUCUAGGAGACAGGUUGAUCAAACUUCUUGAGUUACCCAGUUCCUCUGGGCCUCACCUUUACUCUGACACUGGGAUGGUACCUUUAAGUAGGGGCUAGGUUGUGUAGACAUUACCUCCAAUUGCUCUGCACUGUCCUUACCCCACACACAGCGUGAGGGGCCUACUCAGCUUCAGAUGUGACAAUCCAGCCACCUCACAGUGUUCUAGACCCUCUCCACUUCUGUGAUUUGCCAUUUCCUAAUAUGUAGCUGACACAAGUUAGAGCCCCAAAGCUAGUCCUCAAAGGCUCUGACCCACUCUUUCCCUUGGCUGGCAGUCCUCUGUGUCCACUGCGCUAAAGGAUGUAUUCCUCGCCCCCAGAAUAUGAACUGCUGCAUCCUGGUCCCUGCACUUCCAUCCAAUUUUCGGAAGGUCUCGAGUGUUCACAGAGCAAACAGCUUUGAAUUUCUCCUUUUGCAUUUGGAAGUGGGCAUUUCCUCUCCUCCAUCUGGGUGUUCUAUUUAAAGACUGUCCCAUUCUGACAGUGGUGAGCUAUCCAUGGAGUAAUUCCAUGGGUCAAGACAUGGUCAACAUGGUCAACAUUGUGACGUUCCCUGGCAGGGGACUGUCCAUGCCCAAAACUUGUAGUGAUUCUCUGUUCCUGCAGGUACAGUUCCUUCUCCAUCUUUGAUCCUUCACUGCUCUCAGUAGAAAGCACAGAGAUAAAAUAACGUGUGUGCCUUCACACACACACAGCCCCUGGUAGCACUGUCCCCUUCCCCGCCACAAAGGACAGGGAGCCUGCACUACUGCAAACUGGAACAACACACCACAUCAUGAAUAUGGAAGAGCAAAUCCACCGUUGUUGUGGGAAAAAAAGUGGCAAGUUCUCAGUCCGUGGAGGUGCUCUCCAUCAAGUCGGGCAGCCCACUGGCCCCACAGAUGCUGCACCUCAACUCCAAGUUACAGAAGAAGACAGUCUUUUUCCUGGUGGAAUUCUAAAUUCACCUUCCAUCGAGUACAGGCUGCCAGUGUGUGAGGGGGUCAGCAGCAGCUCAUGCUUUCUCCCCUACUAAGGUGCAGAUGAAGCAGCGUUUCAAGGGGUGACUUGGAGCUCUUUGUACGCUGGGCCCCCACUUGUUCAUCGGCAGACCCCAAUUCCACAAAAAACCUUGAAAACCUGCUCGCUGCUAUAGAUCCCUGCCUGCAGUACCAGCCACGUGACCCACCUGCCCCUUAAAAUCACCUUCUUCCCUUGAAUCCCUGUGGGACGCUGCUCAGCUGAGUUCAAUAUUAUUUUGUUUGUGUUUAAUGAGAGCUGCUGCCAUGGGUCCUGUGCCUGCAGUCAAGCCAGAGCCGAAACCAGGUGCCCCUGAGAGCCUCCUCUAUCCCGGGGAUGGCACUGGCAGCUGUUCCUGAAUCCAUGCAGCCCAAAAGCCCUCAAUCUGGGAUUGUUCCCUGCCCAGUAAGUGCACAGACUUCCCAGCGCACCCACGACUAUACCGUCGCAAGAUAACGAAGGAGCCAGUCUCCCCACCCCCUCAACAGGACUAGAGGGACAGAGGAGCCAGAGAAGCAGAUCUAGACCCACUUCCCACAUCUGAUGCACCAGAGCUCUCCUGGUCUACCAUGGAAUUGCCCAAUGGGCAAACUCAGUGGCAGUGGCAGUUCCGCUCUGCCCAGGGGAAGGGUUUGGGAAGAGGAUUAGCACCGUAAACCUUGUUAAAAGUCAUCAUUGGCUGUGGGCUCCCGUGAAUGCCCCCCUGAAACUGCCAGCUCUUGGGGGAAAAAUAAUUGCUGCAGUCUCCCCUUUCACAUUCCUCUAAUGCUGUCUUGUCAGCUCUUCCCAUCUCCAACUGAUCAAUUAGGCACCUGGGUUCUCCCUUGUCACCUGAGCUCGCCUCACUCUGCCACCAGUGUCUGCCCAAGACAUUGCCUUUCUCCAUAUUCAGCAAUGGCUUUUAGAAUGGCACCUUGACCCUCAGCAGACUGGGGCUUCCCAUUUAUAGUACCUGAGCCUCAGAGUCUUGGAACAAAACAACCCUAAACUGCAUGCAUCUUUGGUUGAGAAAACAACUUAUUCCCUCGAACAUGAAUUUAGUCCAAGUGCAUACUCUCCAGCUGUCUGAUCCCUCUUCCCUUUGCACUUUGCCCUCCUCUGCCCUUUACUGGAUUAGCCAGCAAGGCCAUGUGGACACAUAAAACACUCCCGCCUACAGUGGGAGGAGUCCCAGCUUCUGGUCCCUCCUUGACUCCCGCUAAAUAUAUUUUUGGUAAUAUUUUUACUUUUAGUAUUUUUAUACCAGUUUGCAAAGGCAAAAAGAAAAUACAAGGUUUGUUUCCCAUCACUCAUGAACUUCUCAGUGGCACUAAUGACCAUUCUCUGCCAGUGCCAGGAUUUGGUCACUCGGGCAUGUUCCUCCUCAGCCUGUGUGUUACCCUGUCUACGGCUCAUCACUGUUCUUAAAAAUUGUUGCCAUAGAAUGGCCCAUCAGUGUGUCUUUCUGAAAAUAAAUGAGAAAAGUACACAGUGU